AUGAACACAGCCUGGGUUGGUGCUCGCUCGUCGGCGACACCCUCGCAACUUGACGCUCUUGCUCGCGCCAUCCGCAUCACGCCCAUCAUCGACCACCAUGCCCAUCCUCUCCUGAAGCUUGAAGCCCUCGCCAAACACCCUCUCCUGUCCAUCACCUCCGAGGCACACAAUGGAGAUGUUGUCCACUCCGCCAUCCACUCACUCCCCCAUCUGCGUGCCGUCCGACAGCUGUCUGGAAUGCUCAACUGCAACAACACAUGGGAGGAUGUCGUCGCCGCCAUUGAGCAGAAGCGCAUCGAUUCCCCCUUGGAAUGGACCGCCCAGUGUCUGGACGGCAUUGAGACAUUACUCCUCGACGAUGGGCUCGACGACGGCGAUGAUGCCCAGGACAUGGUCUGGCACAAUGACUAUACCCGCUCCGAGUGCAAGCGAAUUGUGCGUAUCGAAAAGGUGGCUGCCGAUAUCAUCAAGAGAAUUGGAAAGACCUGUGAUGCUUCGCCAAGGACCGGCCAGGAUGUCUUGAACGAUGCCUACGACGAUUGGGUUGGCGAGUUGGACACCAUCAUCAACGAAGCCAUUGACGAUCCCGAUGUGGUGGCCUUCAAGUCCGUCAUCUGCUACCGUACCGGCUUGCAAGUCGCCAGCACCGUCAACGAGGUCGAAGCUCGUGCUGCCUUUGCCGACAUCAUUUCCAACUUUGCCCUAUUGGACUUUGCCAAGCUACAAGUGGCCGCUCUCAACGACUUGGUUGUUCACCGUACGGCCAUGUUGAUCCGCGAUAGCCCAUCCAAGCAGAAGAAGCCUAUUCAGUUCCAUACCGGCCUGGGCGACAAUGACAUUGUACUUGCCAAGUCAUCCCCAGCCCAUCUGCAGAACUUCAUCCGCGCCUAUCCAACUGUGCCCAUUGUACUCCUUCAUGCGGGAUAUCCCUUUAUGAGGGAAGUGGGUUAUCUUGCCACUGUGUAUGAGCAUGUAUAUGCGGAUAUCGGCGAGGUCUUCCCAUGUGUUAGCGAAGAUGGCCAGGAGCAGGUCUUACGACAGAUUCUCGAGCUUUGCCCCUGGUCAAAGAUCUUGUGGAGUACAGAUGGUCACUGGUUCCCCGAGACCUACCUGCUUGCCGUCACCCAGAUGCGUGAGGUGUUUACAAAUGUACUUACUAACUACGUCCGCAAAGGUCACAUUGGCUACAAAGCCGCCAUCGACCUCGCCCAGGACAUCCUCUUCCGAAACUCCAAUAAGCUCUACCAUCUUGAUAUAGACUUUAUGGAGCUCGAUGAAGAGCCCGGUGCCGAGGUCGGACCCUACGCAAGCGACCUUGAACUUUUCCAACUCUUCCUGAAGGACCAACCGCCUCCUGACUUUGUCCGUAUAUGCUGGAACGACUACACUGCAACCCCGCGAAUGCGCAUGAUCCCCUUCCGCAAGUUCAAGACCCUGCUUGACCAAGGUCAGCCAACCGAUAUCUCCAUCGCACAAGCCGUGUUCGGUCUCAUUCAGAACGAUCAUCUUGUCCCCUCCAUCGCUCCUAUUGGAGAGUAUCGCCUGCACCCGGACUUUUCUUCGCUCCGCCCUGGUCCUACCGAGGGACAUGUGAGCAUGUAUGGCGAGUUCCGGGAGAAGUCCGGUGCCCCCGUUGCCCUGUGUCCCCGGUCACUACUGCAGAAGGCCGUUGACUUGGGCGCUCAGAACGGAUUAACCUUCUUGCUUGGGUUCGAGAUUGAAUUCCUUUUGCUCGAAAGAGUAGAGGGUGCCGAUACCUCGGCAACCCUGUCUUUGAACUCUUUGAAUCCGUUCAAACACCGCCCAGCAGAAGCAUCGGGUCGUUUCAGCACCUUGGUCACUGAUGGUCACGCCUGGUCUGUGUCUCGCUACUUUGCCGACCCCAAGGUGGCCAACCUCUUGCGCGACAUAGUUCAUGCUCUCGACUCAAUGGGCAUCUACGUCGAGCAAAUCCAUGCCGAGUCCGCAACGGGCCAGUUCGAGCUCAUCCUUCCUCCUUACCCGCCCAUCCAAGCCGUCGACACCCUCCUCCACACCCGCGAUGUCAUGUUUGCCCUCGCCACCGCUGCCGGCUACAAAGUCACUCUCCAUCCCAAACCCUUCCCAACCGCAUGCGGCACCGCCUCCCACACGCACAUGAGCAUCUCCUCACCCGGCGGCGACAAGCCGGAAGUGUACGAACCCUUCUAUGCUGGCAUCCUCAAGCACCUUCGCGCCAUCACCGCCUUCACCUACUCCAACCCCGCCUCCUUCGAACGCCUCAAAGAUGGUGCCUGGGCCGGUGGCCGCUGGGUGACCUGGGGCACUCAGAAUCGAGAGACCCCUCUCCGCAAAAUUGAGGGCUCACACUGGGAGUUGAAGGCCAUGGACGGUUUGGCCAAUCCUUACCUCGCCAUGGCUGCCGUGCUACUGUCUGGUAUCCACGGGUACAUGGAACGGGAGAAGUUAAUCUGGGGAGACUGCGAGAUUGAUCCCGCGAAACUGACGCCCAAUGAUCGGGCGGAGUUGGAGGUGACGGACAUGUUGCCUGCUAGCGUGGAGGAGGCAUUGACAGCGCUGAAAGGGGAUGAGAAGCUUGUCGAGUUUCUCGGACCGGAGGUGGUGGAGAGAUAUUGUGCUGUCAAGGAGUUUGAGAUGGCUUUCUUGGCGGAGAUGGGAGAGGAGGAGAGGAGGAACUGGAUUAUGGAGAGGUAUUAG